CAGAGUUACUCUAAAUCUAAUGCCUAAUAAUUCCCCAAACAAAGUAAAAUAAAACUCGGUGGCGUCGUAUCGGGCUUGCCGAUGAGCGUCGCCGAACCCCGCGCCACUGCGGCGGCGGCGCCGCGGUGGAACCCGACGACGGCAUGGAACAACCAGCUCCGGCAGCUAUCAAAGCAACGGCAAUACAGAGAAGCCUUAACCCUGUACCGCCACAUGCUCCGUUCCUCCUUCUUCCCCAACGCCUUUACCUUCCCCUUCCUUCUCAAAUCCUGCGCCGUUCUCUCUCUCCCUCUCACCGCUUCCAUGCUCCACGCCCACGUCAUCCGAACCGGGUCACAACCCGACCCGUAUACCCGCUCCUCCCUCAUCAACGCCUACUGCAAAUGCUCCCUCCCCGGCCACGCGCGCAAGGUGUUCGACGAAAUGCCAAACCCAACCAUUUGCUACAACGCCAUGAUCUCUGGCUAUUCAUUCAACUCCAACCCGCUUGACGCCGUCAGGUUGUUCUGUCAAAUGCGGAGGGAGGAGGAGGAGGAUGGGUUGGACGUUAGUGUUCACGUUAACGCUGUUACUUUGUUGAGUUUGGUUUCUGGGUGUUCCGUCGCUACCCAUUUGACUGUUGGUGUUUGCCUUCAUGGGUGCGUUAUUGGGUUUGGGUUUGGGGCUGAUUUGGCUGUAGCGAAUAGUUUGGUUACCAUGUAUGUAAGGUGUGGGGAGGUUGAACUUGCGCGCCAUGUGUUUGAUGAAAUGUCUGUUAAGGAUUUGAUCACGUGGAACGCUAUGAUUUCUGGGUAUGCGCAGAAUGGGCAUGCUAGGAGUGUUUUGGAGGUUUAUAGUGAGAUGAAGUUGAGUGGGGUGAGGGCUGAUGCUGUUACCCUUCUUGGGGUUUUGUCGGCCUGUGCGAACCUUGGCGCGCAAGGGAUUGGUCGGGAGGUGGAGCGCGAGAUGGAGCGGUGUGGUUUUGGUUGUAAUCCGUUUUUGAGGAAUGCGCUUGUGAAUAUGUAUGCUAGGUGUGGGAACUUGACUCGGGCGAGGGAGGUUUUUGAUUGCUUGGUGGAGAAGAGUGUGGUUUCGUGGACGGCGAUCAUUGGUGGGUAUGGGAUCCAUGGCCGUGGGGAGGUUGCAGUGGAGCUUUUUGAUGAGAUGGUUGAGUCGGGUGUUAGGCCGGAUGAGACGGUUUUUGUGACUGUUCUUUCGGCAUGCAGCCAUGCUGGGUUGACUGAUAAGGGAUUGGACUAUUUUGAGGAGAUGAAGAUGAAGUAUGGUUUGAAGCCUGGUCCGGAGCACUAUUCUUGUGUGGUGGAUCUUUUAGGCCGGGCGGGAAGGUUGGAGGAGGCUAUGGAUCUCAUAAAGUCGAUGAAGGUAAGACCCGACGGUGCUGUUUGGGGUGCGCUUCUGGGUGCUUGCAAGAUUCAUAAGAACGUGGAGCUAGCAGAAUUGGCCUUUAAGCAUGUUGUGGAGCUUGAACCCAUGAAUAUAGGUUACUAUGUCUUGUUGUCGAAUAUAUACACUGAUGUUAAUAACUUAGAGGGGGUUUUAAAAGUUAGAGUCAUGAUGAGGGAAAGAAAGCUUAGGAAGGAUCCUGGAUGCAGCUAUGUGGAAUAUAAAGGAAAAAUGAACCUUUUUUACUCGGGGGAUAUGAUCCACCACCAAAGUAAGGAAAUAUAUAGGAUGUUAGAUGAAUUGGAAAGUCUUGUGAAGGAGAUUCAUCCGCCAGAUGAGAAAUAUGAAGGGAGGAAUGAAGAACUCUUAAUUGGUGCAGGGGUACACAGUGAAAAAUUGGCAAUUGCAUUUGCCCUCUUGAACACUAGGAGUGGAACUAAGAUUACUGUCAUGAAAAACUUGAGAGUGUGUGUGGAUUGUCAUUUGUUUAUCAAGUUGGUUAGCAAGAUUGUCAAUCGGCAAUUUAUUGUUAGAGAUGCCACUCGCUUCCACCAUUUCAGAGAUGGAGUCUGCUCUUGUAAUGACUACUGGUAAAAACAAUGCAGCACUAUUUCUGAAACUUUGGCUUUUGAUAAUGAUGCCUGACCUCACCUAAGUGAUUGUUGCUGUUGGUGGAAGGGAAAAUUCAUGACAAAACAUGAGGGGAUAUAAUAGUAAUUUAUAGAUGUUCAAGUGAAAAUCCCAUUAUUUUUAAGUUAGAUAAGACAUUAAUGGAAUGGGAAGAAAUGACAACACUGGAUGGAGUAACUCUUUUUGCUAGUUUCUUGUCUUCUCAUUCAAGGACUGAUCUCCCUGAAACGAUGAGAAACAGUGUCUACUUCUCUAAAGUUCGUAGCGUUGCAUUUCAUUCUCUCUUGAUGACUAUAGAUACUAUCGUCGUACGCUGUGGCAUGAAUGGGGAGAACAAGACCCUUUUGAAAACAUAUGGGUUGAACCACCAAAGGACUUUGCUGGGUUCACGUGAAGAACUUUAGUGAAACAAUGUAAAAAUUGACAGUAGUCAAUUAAUCAAAGCCAGACUUGCAACUUUCAUUCAAUUCUUUUGACACAUCUGAGAUCGCUAAAUGUUCAGGAGUUCCUCUAUUCAAUCCUUUUCCUUCUUCUUGUUGCUGGAUAUCUCGUUCGUACACAUCUUCUCUUUGUUUCUCGAGUCUACCAUGAGUUACAGACAGAGUUCAGGGAUUUUUCCUAAAUGGUUACAUGUGUAAGUAUCUCAAGUUUUAGUAUUAGUCAUCAGUAUAAAUGAUACUCUGCAUUUACUGCACUUUUUUACUUACAUACAUAUUCUUUUAAUUGCUAUUUAAUUUUUUUAAAAUGGUAUGGUUACUAUCAAAUGCUUUAAAAAUGGCCAGGGUCAUAAUGCUUUGGAAAAGGGAAAAGGGAUUAGAGCUUAAAUUAUGAAACAUUAUUGAUUAUGUGUACCGAACAACAGAGCUAACUAGUUUAUUGUGACUUGUUGUGAGGAUAAGAGGAGUGAAUUCACAUCUGGAUCUUAUGGGAACAAUCACGAUUGGAACACUAGAGUCAUAUGUGUCUGCAUUGGAAUUUAUGAGUUAUUUUUUAUAAGUCUUGUACAAGUUCAUUCAUUUGCAUUAAGAAAUCAGCUUUCGUAAAAUUUGUCUAAAAUUCCAUAUAAUGUAUAAAAUUUGCAAAAUCCCUACAGGUAGUUAGGAUCGCAAACAUUAAUGGUAACUUGUUCUAUAGGGAGGGAGAAAAAGGAGAAGAAAAAAGAAUUACUAUCGGGGGAGAAGUUGUGUAGUGAAGAUUGUAAAGUUGUAAGAUGAAGCAAGAGGUCCAUCGAGAAGAGCCUUAAUAAAAUAACAAUUGCUUUUCUUAAGCAAAAAUCUACCUACAUACAUUAAGCAAUAAAUAUCUUAUUUUUGGUUUCUUUCUAUUUAUUUGGGGAUGCAUGAGGGGUUACAGAGUAGUCUUUGUUUGAUUUUGCAUCAAAGUCCAUAAACAUGCAUCAAAAACAUAAAAAAAGAGAAGCUUUAUAACAUGUGAAAUUGACAUGUGUUACCUCUGAACUCCGAAGUGACACUGAACUUAUAGGGUACGGGCCCUUGUUAGGCAAGUCUACAAGAAGAGGAAGGUACAAGGAAUGAGGCAGGAUCUGCUUAAGUACAAAGGGAUCGGGUUCUCUUAAGCUCAUCCAAGGGGCUUUACAUGAUCAGGGCAUUCACUUCAUUUUGGAGUUCAAUCAGAUUAAGCAUCCUCAAGAGAAAAACAGUAUUCUACCAGAUAUUUUGGAGCGGUUGGAGGAGUAUGUGGCAGUUUUCCAGACCCCACAAGGCCUGCCACCAAUGCGGAGACAAGAUCAUGCAAUCGUCCUUAAACCCUGAGCUCAAAUUCCUAAUCUGGGACCUUAUAAAUAUCCACAUUACCAAAAGGACAAAAUACAGAAGUUGGUAAGAGAAUUGUUGUCAGCUAGAUUUAUCUGGCCGAGCACUAGUCCUUAUGCCAAGCCCGUCAUAUUAGUCAAGAAGAAGGAUGGAGGGUGGAGAUUUUGUGUUGAUUAUAGAGCCCUAAAUAAGUAGACAAUGGCAAACAAGUUCCAAUUCCAGUGAUUGAAGAGCUAUUGGAUGGGUUAGAGAAGGCUACUAUUUCUAAACUUGAAGGAAGGAGACGUAGAGAAGACCACGUUUAGAACCCAUGAGGGGCGGUAUGAGUAUCUUGUCAUACCUUUUGGACUGAUAAAUGCUCCCUCAACCUUCCAAUCUGUAAUGAAUGAGGUGUUAAGACCUUUCCUAAGAAGGUUCGUGCUUGUUUUCUUUUACAAUAUUCUCGUAUAUAGCUCAACUAGGGAUGAACACGUUCAACACCUGAAAUUAGUUCUACAAUCAUUACAAUCAUUAGUUCUACAAUCGGGACAGGGUGUGGCAGCUGAUCUGACGAAGGUGGAGGCACUGUGGGCUUGGUCAAUACCAAAGGAUCUCAAAGGUUUUAGGGGAUUCUUGGGCCUAACAGGUUACUAUUGGAGAUUUGUUAGGGGAUUGGGAAAAUAGCCAGACCCUUAACUGCCUUACUUUAGAAGGAUGCGUUCCAAUGGACAGAAGCGGCUCAACAAGCUUUUCAAGAGUUGAAGGUUGCUGUUACUUCGCUACACAUCUUAGUAGUGCCAGAUUUUUCCAAACAGUUUAUAGUAGAAACCGAUGCUUCAAGCUCCGACCUAGGUGCAGUGCUCAUACAAGAUGAGAGGCCCCUUGCUUUUUUGGAGUAAGGCAUUAUCCAAAAGGUGCCAAGAGAAGUCUGUAUAUGAAAGGGAAUUGAUGGAUGUGGUAUUGGCAGUAAGGCAUUAUCCGAACCAAACACCCUCAUAAAAGACAAUUCAUGAAUUUUAAGCCUAACAAUAACAGAUAGCAUAACAAAAAUGCAAGUCAGGCGGCAUUGUAAGGGCAUUGUGAAUAAGAAAUUUGACAAUGCUAGGGGAAGAUCAAAGAUUGAGGCGUAUUUAAAGGUCACAUUCCACCUAGUGAACUUGACAACCUGGCCUUCUUCCGUAUCUUAUCUACGUAAAAGAGCCAACUUAUGAUUUUGAAUUUGAUUGGCUUACAUUACUGUUAGUGCACCAUUUUAACUUUGUCUGCCCUCCUUAUUUAUCAUUAGACAGCUCUUAUGUACAAAAAUUAGAACAUACUUCGGCAGUCCUGAAAAGUUAUCUUCCGUACUUGGCAAACUUACGGACAAUUUCUUCUGAACUGGUGUUUGUCAAAGAUAGUUGUGUUCUCUGUGCCAAGCUCGUGACUAGGUUCCCUGCCUUUACAAUUGAGCUUGUUGGCUCGAUCUGUUUCUGUGCAUAUAAUAGGCAGUGACAUUUUCAUCUAACUGUCUUGCAUGUCAUUCGUCAUCCAGAGCAUGACAAUUUAAGUUCCCCUUAAUCGUUCUCUUGGGCUGUUGCAGUUCGUUAGUGAGGCUCAUAUGGAAGCAUGCCGAAGGCAGCUUCUUUACCAUAUAAUAUAGGAGGCUACUAUUAAGUGAAGAAUCACAUCUGUUGGGUUAGACUUAAACCUUUUGAUUCUCUUGUCUCAGCUGUAGAAUUUUUAAGAUUUUUCCCAACACAAUAGUUAUGUAGUGCUUAUGCAGAAUAAUUGAAGUUCAUUCUAGAAUUACCUACAGAUUUGUCAACAUAUUUAUUUUCA